AUGCAGCAACAAAGGCAAGAAUCGGAGCACUGGCAUCAACGAGAAGAACCAGGGACGAACGGGCAACAAUCGUUGAAAUCAUCCGUGGACGAGAGCGACGUCAACGGUCGAAAAACGGAUGGCGGUAAUGACAAAACGGAGGACGUUCUGCCGGAGCCUGGUAAAGCUCUCGGUGCCCCGACUUAUCGGAAUACCCUGCUGAGCUGCAGAAGUAACGCAAAUGCUGCCAAUUCCGCUACGAAUACGGUAAGAAUCAACUCGUGGCACAACCACGUUUACGCGGUUCCCCCGAGGGUGCCUACGCCCCAUGGGAUCGGCGACAUCCUCGGCUGGAAUAAGUCUUCGGAUAACGAUAAGUUUAUCGUUAAGGGCGAAGUCGGAGCAACCUAUGGAAAUACGAACGACCACAACGGUAUGGGUGGUGGGAAGAUACUCGCGCCUACGCCCAGGAGGCUUAACGCGAAUCCUUUGAUUCGAACGUCCCUGGCCCUGUACUCGCCAUUGUCGAUACACACCCCAAAUUCCAUUCAGGGAUCCCUCAAGUCGCAGGCCUGCACCCCCAGCCCUGCGACUCCAUUGAGGUCACCGUCCUCGGAUGCUAGUCUGUCCCCGAAAUUGCACCGUAGCGUGUCCAUCUUGAAACAAUCGAUCCACCACUGCCACGAGAUCGCCAAGACCGAGCAUUCCUCGUUGGAAGACAUCGUAUCCGUUGGCGAGGAGGACGAGCGGCCACUCAAUCUCAGCACCACCUCCAGGACUCAAAGCCCUCGCGAUUCCUUCGACGCGAAUGAAUCCUCCGUGUAUUCCAAGAUGCUUCCCCUGACUUUCCGAAAACCCGAGUUGGAGUCCCUGCAUCACCAUUCGCUCGGACUUCAUUACGUACCUCACCGAGGCACGCAUCAGUCGUACCUGCAAAAUGGCAAGGCUCCCGCGGAUGAGACGUCACUCGCUCUACCCAGGAAGCGGGCCAGAACUCCUUCGAAGGAUAACGCCGUGUCGGUCUCAAAAUCGUCCCCUGGGAAGCGGAAAAGGGUUGAGCCCGUUGCGAAAGAGUCACUCCCGUCUGGAAAGGCGAACAUGGAGCUACGACUCAGUGCACCAGAAGACGCCAUAGAAGCGGAUAGGAAGAAGAAGAAAGCUAGGACAACAUUCACCGGGAGGCAGAUUUUCGAACUGGAAAAGCAAUUCGAAAUGAAGAAGUACCUGAGCUCGUCCGAAAGGGCGGAUAUGGCAAAACUACUAAACGUCACCGAGACACAGGUGAAAAUCUGGUUUCAAAACCGGCGCACCAAGUGGAAAAAGCAAGAUAAUAUAAGCAAUGCGGAAGCGGCAGAGCACAAGAAUCAAAUGAAUCCGAAAUCCAUGCAACAGAAGACGAAACAUAGCGGGAAGAUCGGAACGAAAGACAAGGAUCUGUACCAGCAGUCGGUGGACUGCAGUUCCGAUUCCAAUACCUCGAUGCUGACCGGUGAUGGGUCGGUGCCCGACUGCAACUCGUCGGAACACGGAACGGAACCAAACCGGAUGCUACCGCCACUAGAUGGCGCGCGCAUUCCGGCAAGUCUGGGCCUGGUGACGCUGGAGCGCGGCCCUCUGGCGGCUAAUCUGGGAAUUGGAAUUCGGCCGUCCGACCAGAGUACCCCGGCCGACUCGUGUAAUCUUCAGACACGGCUGGUCCUUUCGCCGGAAAACCCAUACACUUUGUUGAACCGCGAGAGUACCAGGGACCUUAAUACGGGGGAUUCCCUCCUGACUGAGUGCGACGUUAACCAGGACAUAAGCGCACCUCGGACCGCUAUUUUAGAUAAGGUAGAGGCAAAAAACGAGCGCGAGGUGAGCAAGGAGCGUGUAGUGAUACAGACUGCGUCACCCGAAAGGCCAAACGAGGACGCCAAAGACGUAGAUUUAGUUAAGCCAGCUUUUGCUCCCGCGGUUAUGUUUCCUACGUCGUUGGAGGGCGAGCCGCUGGAGAGCAACGUUCGUGAAUUCGACGAACCGGCCUCUCCGCAAUCCGCUCUCCAGGUCAACGAGAGCGAGGAGAUGGCGCCUUCGGAGACUUCUAGCUGACUAAUGCCUUCCAUGAGCGAGAGCAAGGAUUAUCUAAGAAGUUCGAAAGAAUGAUUUGUCACGUAACACUCAACGUUGCCAAAAUAUAGGGUACAGAAACAGAGGGAAAUCGGGACGGACCAUUCAUGUAAUGCCUUUACUCGCAUGUUUCGAUAUGUUGAGAGUACGGCAACAUUGCUCGUUACGAGUGCCCGUUUUUCAUUAUUCCGGUAGCGAUGAAUUCAGACGUGAUUGAGAGUUUAUUUAAUCAAAACAAGGUGAGACUAUUUUCAACGUGGUAUCGACUCCAUCCUCGGAUUACAUUGUUUCAUUAGAUUAAAAAUUCGCGGGGCUUUAGAACCGAAAACGCUAUGUGCAUAACACAAACAAUUAGAGGGACUGAGACGCUAACUCGAUUCCAUUACAGGCGUAAAAUAAAACUUUGCAUUUGCCGUGAAAAAUAGUGAAUUGGAGAGACAUUGAUAUCGUAUUAAGUAUGAAUGCAAAAAAGCAUGUAGUCUCGUAGACCGAGAAAAACGAAGAGGAAUGUGACAAACCGAGAUGGUUAAGGUGAAGUGAAACCCCCCUUAAAUCAUUCGC